CGUCCGCUACGUUCUACGCUCUACGCUACUCCUGAAAGUUAAUACGCUGAUUUUCAGCCGUAGCGCUGCAUUUGUGAACGCAGCUUACAUCACCACCUUUGACUCCCUACGCCUUUUUGAACAAACUUAAUUUUGGUAUUCCUCACCGCGCUACCUCUUCUUGUCAGGUGACUAGAGUGUGCAGGAGGACACCAGCACGUUGAACACGGACUACCAGGAACAAAAGAUGUCGGCUCAAAUCAUAAGCGGGAAAGACGUUUCAGCGCAGGUGAGGGAGCGUCUAAAGAAGGACGUGGAGCAGAUGAAGCUCCAGGACCCCAACUUCACACCUGGUCUAGUGGUUUUACAGGUUGGAGACCGUGAUGAUUCAAAUCUGUACAUCAGCAUGAAGUUGAAGGCAGCAGCAGAGAUUGGAAUAAACGCCACACAUAUGAGACUUCCCCAGACUGCGACGGAGGAGGAGGUUCUUCACAGCAUCACAGAGGUGAACGAGAACCCGUCUCUCCACGGCCUCAUCGUGCAGCUGCCCCUGGACUCGGUCCACAAGAUCAACACAGAGAAGGUCACCAACGCUGUGGCCCCGGAGAAGGAUGUAGACGGACUGACCAGCAUCAAUGCAGGGAAGCUGUCUCGUGGGGACCUGGGCGACUGCUUCAUCCCCUGCACACCAAACGGCUGCAUGGAGUUGAUCAGACAGACCGGCGUGUCUAUGGCAGGGAAGAAGGCGGUAGUGAUUGGUCGUAGCAAGAUCGUGGGCGCACCGAUGCACGACCUGCUGCUCUGGAACCACGCCACCGUCACCACCUGCCACUCUAAAACCGCGGAUCUCCCUGGAGAGGUGAGCAGAGCAGACAUCCUGGUUGUUGGCAUCGGGAAAGCGGAGAUGGUGAAAGGAGAGUGGAUCAAGAAGGGAGCAGUGGUCAUCGACUGUGGCAUCAACCACGUUCCAGAUGAGAGUAAAGCAAGUGGGAAGCGGGUGGUGGGUGACGUCCACUACGCCUCAGCCAAGGAGCAGGCCGGCUUCAUCACCCCUGUGCCCGGUGGUGUGGGGCCCAUGACUGUGGCCAUGCUGAUGGCGAACACGGUGUUGAGUGCAAAGCGUUUCCUGGAGAGCCACCAGCCGGGGAAGUGGAACAUUUCUUACACCAGACUCAACCUCCAGAAGCCCGUGCCGAGCGACAUUGUGAUUUCUCGCUCCUGCGUGCCCAAGCCCAUCGACUGUCUAGCAAGAGAGGUGGGCGUGCUGUCUGAUGAGCUGGAGCUCUAUGGCAAAACUAAGGCCAAGGUCCAGCUGAGCAUCAUCAAACGGCUGCAGGCCCAGCCAGACGGAAAAUAUGUGGUGGUCACUGGCAUUACACCCACCCCCCUGGGUGAAGGAAAGAGCACCACCACCAUCGGCCUGGUCCAGGCCCUGGGAGCCCACAUGAAGCUCAAUGUCUUUGCUUGUGUCCGACAGCCUUCUCAGGGUCCCACAUUUGGCAUUAAAGGCGGUGCUGCAGGAGGUGGAUAUUCUCAAGUCAUUCCAAUGGAAGAGUUCAACCUCCAUCUCACCGGGGACAUUCACGCCAUCACGGCUGCCAACAACUUGGUGGCCGCUGCCGUCGAUGCUCGCAUGUUCCACGAGUCUACACAAACUGACAAAGCUCUGUAUAACCGCUUGGUCCCGCUUAAUGGAGGACAGAGGACGUUCUCCCCCAUCCAGAUCAACAGACUGAAAAAACUGGGCAUAGAAAAGACUGAUCCCUCCACUCUGACUGAAGAGGAGAUCACCCGCUUUGCCCGCCUGGACAUGGACCCGAGCUCCGUCACCUGGCAAAGAGUGUUGGACACCAACGAUCGCUUCCUGAGGAAGAUCACCAUCGGCCAGUCGCCAACUGAAAAGGGCUUCACGAGAGAGGCCCAGUUUGACAUCACGGUGGCCAGUGAAAUCAUGGCGGUGCUCGCCCUCACCAGCAGCCUGCAGGACAUGUGUCACCGUCUGGCCAAGAUGGUGGUGGCCACCAGCCGCGGCGGACAGCCCAUCACCACCGAGGACCUGGGUGUGAGUGGUGCUCUAGCUGUGCUGAUGAAAGAUGCUGUCAAGCCAAACCUCAUGCAGACCUUGGAGGGAACGCCUGUGUUCGUCCAUGCCGGCCCGUUUGCCAACAUCGCACAUGGAAACUCCUCCAUCCUGGCUGAUAAAAUAGCGUUGAAGCUGGUGGGACCCGAGGGCUUUGUGGUGACGGAGGCCGGCUUUGGUGCCGACAUUGGCAUGGAGAAGUUCUUCAACAUCAAGUGUCGCUACUCAGGCCUGAGACCCCACGUGGUGGUUCUGGUGGCCACGGUCCGAGCCCUGAAGAUGCACGGAGGAGGACCGACGGUCACUGCUGGGAUGUCACUGCCAAAGGAAUACAUCGAGGAGAACCUUGAGCUGCUGGAGAAGGGCUGCAGCAACAUGAGGAAGCAGAUCGAGAAUGCACAGCACUUCGGCGUGCCAGUGGUCGUGGCUGUUAAUGCUUUCAAGACGGACACUGAGGCUGAGCUGGACCUGGUCUGCAGCGUGGCCAAAGCUGCCAGGGCCUUCGACGCCGUGCGCUGCUCCCACUGGGCCGACGGUGGAGCCGGUGCGGUGGCCCUGGGUCAGGCUGUCCAGAGGGCCUCGGAGGCCCCCAGCAAAUUCAAGUUCCUCUAUGAUUUGGAGCUCCCUAUUGCUGAUAAGAUUCGAAUAAUCGCCCAGAAGAUCUACGGAGCGGAUGAUAUUGAGCUUCUGCCAGAGGCUCAACACAAGGUGGAGCUCUACACCAAACAGGGUUUCAGCAAGCUGCCAAUCUGCAUGGCCAAGACUCACCUGUCGCUCUCUCACGAGGCAGACAAGAAGGGUGUACCCACAGGGUACAUCCUGCCAAUCAGAGACAUCCGUGCCAGUGUGGGCUCUGGCUUUUUGUUCCCACUGGUCGGCACGAUGCCCACGAUCCCUGGUCUGCCCACCAGGCCCUGUUUCUAUGACAUUGACCUGGACCCGGAGACCGAACAGGUCAACGGACUCUUCUGAAGCCGAUGAUGAUGAGGAAGGUAGUAAAGACAUACAGAUAUCAAUGAGUACUGUUAAUAUCUAGUGAGCCUUUAUGAAAUGUGAUGCACUAUCAACUGUAAGCUCCAUGAGCUUAUAAGAAACUUAAUUAAUCUCAGAACAGUUUAUCCCCCCGAGGUUCCCAGACUGUCAUAGCCUUAAUGGAAGGAGGAAGUGUCCUAUUGACGGUUCUCUCCGUUACAUUGUUCGCUGCACCCCAUGACAAUAAAAAGCCACUUAAGAGAUUCCCAAAUGGCCAAUCUGAAGUCUUGUGUUAACUACUUGUGUAUAUUUUGUGUACACUAUACCACUGUCUUAAAUAAUUGUGCGUGCCUUUGGGAUACAUCUAUGGUUAAAAAAAACAACUACUGAACAUAAAAAUAAUGCUGCCUCACAAAAUGUUUUAUGUAUUUUCUUUUUAGCAAUCCUGUGACUGUUGCCUGUCAGCUGUCCUGUGUUCUGAUAGAAUAUCUCUGACAUUGCUGGAGAACCCAUGAUGUAAAUGAGUGGUUUCCACUCUUCUCUUCCACAGAAAAGAUCAAAUAAAGUGUCCUUGAUGGAAAGCCCACAUA